AUGUACAAAUCAGUUACCAAGAAAGCGGUGGUGGACUUCGUUCGUUCCAACAUCAUAUGUCGUUCUGGCAUACCAAAAAUCAUUAUUACAGACAAUGCAACGAAUCUCAACAGCCACUUGAUGAAGCAAGUUUGUGAGCAAUUUAAAAUUGUUCAUCGUCAUUCAACCCCUUAUCGUCCCAAAGAAAAUGGGGCUGUUGAAGCUGCGAAUAAGAACAUCAAGAAGAUUCUUAGGAAAAUGGUGCAAGGAUCUAGACAGUGGCAUGAGAAAUUACCCUUCGCUCUCAUGGGAUAUCGCAUGAUUGUUCGUACGUUAGUCGGUGCAACACCUUACUUAUUGGAUUACGGAACUAAGGUUGUCAUACCCGCAGAAGUUGAAAUCACUUCUCUUCGAACCAUUGUUGAAGCAGAAAUCGAGGAUACAGAAUGA